AUGUCCUCGGAUGUUCUGCUACAAGACGACGAUGGGCAAUAUGUCUCUUCUCAAGACUCAGACUUUGCGCCCGAGGAAGCACAGGACGUCGGCUCCGACGAGUCCGACGUCGACGAACCUGCUGCGGCCGGAGCGCAUUCAAGGCGCACCCGCACCCGCACCCGCACCCGCACUCGCCCUCGGCCAAGCCCAGCUGCACAGGCUCGGGAGAAAGAAGAUUACGACAACUCGGGCGACGAAGCCGUCCUGCUAAAGGGGCAGAAACUGCACAAGCGCGCCCAAGAAAAGGGACGCGCGGACCAAGAUGAAGGCGGCUUGGUGAAGACUCGCGCCCAGCGGGCCGCGGAAAAGGCGGAACGCAAGCACGCCGCCAACCACGCGCCGGUGACGGUCGACGUGGACGCGCUGUGGGCGCAGAUGGUGUCCGGGAAACCCGCCUCGCAAGCCGCCUCGCAAGCCGCUCCGCGUGCCGAGGACGCGUCUGGCGAGGCACCCGCUGCGCCGGCAUGGACGACGCAAGAUCAGCCCCAGCCCCGGAAGGCCAUCGCGCCGCCCGACAGCACGCAGCCCGCCAUGGUUCGCAUCCAGCGGACGUACAACUUUGCAGGACAGGUCCACAGCGAAGAGAAGGUGGUAGCCAGGGAUUCGGCCGAGGCCAGGUUGUACCUGGCGUCCCAAGGCCAAGGGGGCGCGAGUCUGCUAGAUGCGUCGCCGACGACGAGACGCGCCACGAGAAAGGCUUUCCGCUCGGCCUUUGAACCAGUCCUCGACAGCGGGCCGGGCCGCACGGAUCUGGUUCUCGGCAUGGCCGCCAGGCUGCGGGCGGGGAAAGAAGCUCAAGCCAAGAAGCUCAACACGGUGGAGAAGAGCAAGAUGGACUGGGCUGGGUAUGUGGACAAGGAGGGCAUCAAGGACGAGCUGGAGCUCGCAAGCAGGUCCAAGGACUCCUACGCGGCUCGGCAGGACUUUUUGGCGAGAAGCGAAGCCAUUCGAGAGAACGACGCAAGGGCAGCUCGGAUGGCUGGGAGAGCAUGA